CCGUGUAAUUGUCACGCACGUGCAAAACGAUGGUCAACGAUGGUCGCGCGAAGAGGAACUCAUAAUAUUUGCGAUCUUCUUUGAUCAAUAAACACUAUGAAUACUUCUAAAUAGAAAAUUGGAGAAAAUAGUGUUGAACACGCUUAUAUAUUAAAUACACACGAUGCGUGAAUAUUUAAUCGUAAAAUGGUUUAAACAUGCAGUUACUGGUGAUGUGUAGUCAAUAGAGACGAACGUACUCAAUUGUGAUUGUUGAUUGAUUAUUUCAAAUAAUAAUGGAGUGCAUAGUGGCAAACGUGGAUCAUAUGCGAUUUGAUAUUGAAAUCGCUCUUGACGAACAAUAUGGAGCUCUUCCUUUACCAUUUGCUGGGAUGGAUAAAUCUACUGCUGCUGUAUGUCAAUUUUAUCCAAGAGGUACAUGCGUUAAAGGAGCCUCCUGUCCAUUUCGACAUGUACGAGGAGAUCGUACCAUUGUUUGUAAACAUUGGUUAAGAGGUCUUUGUAAAAAGGGCGACCAGUGCGAAUUUUUACACGAAUAUGAUAUGACAAAAAUGCCAGAAUGUUAUUUUUAUUCUAGAUUUAAUGCCUGUCACAAUAAGGAAUGUCCAUUCUUGCAUAUCGAUCCAGAAACUAAAGUCAGAGAUUGUCCUUGGUACGAUCGUGGAUUUUGUAGGCACGGACCGCUGUGCCGACAUCGACACGUGCGUCGUGUUCUUUGUAUGGCGUACCUAGCUGGAUUUUGUCCCGAAGGUCCAAAUUGUAAAUUCAUGCAUCCGAGAUUUGAAUUACCGGCAGUACAAGAUAUGCAGCCUAAAGAAGGAAAAAAAGUGAUGAUCACGUGUCAUUUUUGCGGGGAAGGCGGUCAUAAAGCUAUAUACUGCAAUAAAAUGCCGCCCGAUGUACGCGAAGCACAAGUUAGGCAAGAAAUAGAAGGUAAUUCUCAUUCGGCGCAUCACAUGAAUAUGCAUAACGGGCCGCCUCCUCGAGGACCUCAAAAGCCACUCGAAGAAGUUACUUGUUACAAAUGCGGAACUAAAGGUCACUACGCUAACAAAUGUCCGAAAGGCCACUUAGCAUUUUUAAGUCAUGCAGGAGGUAGCGGGGGCGGAAGUCAAAAUCAAAAUUAUCGCAGAUGAUUCUACUUCUGUAACAUUGAUAUUGUGAUUCCAUUUUAAUUCGAUAAGAUCAUUUGUAAAGAUUUCUAUAUCGUAUGGUAACGUAAGAUUAAUAAAACCGUUUUAAUAGACAGAUUCCAGAACUAUUACAUGUAAAAUAAAGUAAAGAUAUUUAUAAAAUAAAAUUGACAUCAUUUUCUGUAAUAAAAAUUUCAUCAAAUCCAUGGACGUUGCUGACUAAAAUACCAUUGGAUACUAUAACAAAUUUAAGUAUUUAUUGUUUAAAGAAUUAAACAUAUUCCUAAAUAAGUAGUUAUUACAUUUUGUAAAUGCAAGGGUAUUUUGCUAAGUUAUUAAAUACGCUAUUCCUAUGAUCGCAUCGAUUUUCGUCAGAGAAUGUUAUAAAAAGAUAUAUUCGUUUACGGCUAAUUUAUUUUUCAUUCGAGAUGUUAAACAUGGGAAGACGUACUUCGCCAUUUGUGUAUGUAUUGGCAUUGUGACACUAUUAAAGUUUAAAAUCUUGUCCGCUAGAAUAUUAACAAUA